AAAACUCAACAACAUCAAUGGUGUAGCGAAUAGCGUUCAACCCUUCUAGCAUUGAUUCAUCAUGGUAUAGGCACCAAGAAUGGAAAUAAAAGCAAUGGAGUAACCUUUUGUAGUAUGUUCCGGCCAGGUUGAGCAUGCAGCUAGCUAGAGGUAGUUGUAAUCAUUACAGCGGCAAUGUAGCACUCACUCAAAACUGGGUGGGAUGGGAUCCCUUCCCUUGGUCGCCACAUUACGGCUCAUCUCAUCAUGACUAGCUUGAACGCAGCAAAUUAAGCAACCAUAGCUAACAACAAUGUUGAUACCUCCUUCUGAAUUGAUUAUUCUAUCCAAUUUUCCUUCUGAAUCACUACUACUGGAUAGCAAGUGCGUACGUAGUAGUCAUAAGAAAGAAGCAAAGCUAGAUCGAGAUCAUGCAAGCCAUGCCCUGGUGCCCAUGAUAAUGAGGAGCCGUGCAAGCACAAGCAGAAGCAGGGGUGGAGGAGUGAAGUACUGUGGCCUAUGGGCAGCGGCCAUCGCCUCUGUUCUUCUCGCCAUCUUGCUUGCCUCCACCACACACCUCCCUGCUUCGCCCACCGAUCCUCUGGUACAAGGCCGCCGCCGGCGGAGGCAGUGCGACGAGGAGGCCAGAUGGGUGGCCGGCAUCGCGUCCCAGCUCAACGCCACCCUCGUCCUGACCGUCGACCACCUCGGCUGCGGCAACUUCAGCAGCGUGCAGAAGGCGGUGGACGCGGUGCCUGACCACGGCGCGGCCGGCGGGCGUACGCUGCUGGCCGUGGGCGCCGGCAUCUUCCGGGAGAAGGUGGUGGUGUGGGGCAACAAGACGGGCGUGACGCUGCACGGCCGCGGCAACCUCAACAGCACCGUGGCGUGGAACGACACCGCCGCCUCCAGCGCCGGCAGCACCCCGUCCAGCGCGACCUUCACCGUCCUCGCCGCCGGCUUCGUCGCCUACAACAUCAGCUUCCAGAACACGGCGCCUCCGGCGGACCCGGGCGCCAGCGGAGGGCAGGCGGUGGCGCUGCGCGUGGCCGGCGACCAGGCAGCGUUCCACUGGUGCGGCGUCUACGGCGCGCAGGACACGCUGCUGGACGAGCAGGGGCGGCACGUCUUCCGCGGCUGCUACGUCGAGGGCUCCAUCGACUUCAUCUUCGGCAACGCCCGGUCCCUCUACCUCAACUGCACCAUCAGCUCCGUCGCGGCGGCCACCGGCAAUGGCGGCGGCGUGACGGGGAGCAUCACGGCGCAGGGGCGCGGGUCGGCGUCGGAAAAAACAGGGUUCGCGUUCGUCGGGUGCAGCGUGGUGGGGACGGGGAAGGUGUGGCUGGGGCGGGCGUGGGGGCCCUACGCCACGGUGGUGUUCGCGAGGACGUACCUCGCCGCCGGCGUCGUGGCGCCGGAGGGGUGGAACGACUGGAACGAUCCGGCCAGGCGGCAGACGGUGUUCUUCGGGGAGUACGAGAGCACGGGGCCCGGGGCGUGCAGGGACGGGAGGGUGCCGUACGCGCGGCAGCUGGAUCGCCGGCAGGCCGCGCCCUUCAUGGACGUCUCCUACAUCGACGGCGACCAGUGGGCGGUGCCACCACUGCCAGUAGUACUAACACUGCCCCGGCAGCACGGCGGAGACGAUUCAGAUCAUGCACCACGGGGAGAAGUAAUGUAGCUGCAUGUGCAAGAUCUAAUCUUUUUUGCCCUUUUUGUGGGUUCAAUUUCGUUUUUCUGCAAUUAGGUUUUUUCUUUUCCAAAUGCCGCAGAUCAUAGGUUCCAGUUCUGAAAAAAAAAACCCUACUGAUCAUAUUAAUUAUCUCUAAAAAAAUUCGGAAAAAACAUCCAAUAUAGCACCUUCAAUCACGGUAGUACAAAGAACAUCAGAAAUAAUAAAAAUUACAUCCA